AUGCACAGAGAAAACAAGAUCCGCGAGCGUGCGAAGUUGGCGUACCUGUCUAGAGAAAGGAGGAGUAGUGGAAUGAAUAGGAAAGCGGGCAAGGGCAAAGACGCCAUCCCUGGAUCGCCGGAAAUCCAAAAGAAUCCCAAGGAAAAUCACAGCAGAAAGGGCCGAUUUGGCCCGAGCACCGUCGUCGGUGGCCCGUCGCAGGUCCUCCGCAACCUCUCCGCACGGAACACGCUGGGUGAAGAGAGAAUGCAUCUCGAGUCGCAGCCCUGCCGGACCCGUACCCGUAAGCUGGGUAUCACAUGCUGCGCUAUAAACAGAUCCGUCCCCUGGAUUCCCCGCGUCGGCUCCCCGCCCCAGGAUUCCCAGCGCAUCCCGGCUGGUUCUGAAGCAGAAUGCGCGUGGGCGAUGAGCGACUUUCAAGUUGCGCCCCUCACUGCACGCGAACUCGCCAGGGUCAGGGAUCUGCACGCCAAGCUGCUCCCUGUGCAGUACCCUGUCUCUUUCUUUAUCCAUCUCCUCGUCAUUCCAUCCCGUGCAUGCUACGUAGCAUACAGCCAUGGCUCUCCUGUCGGUUUCAUUUCAGCCGCUCUCCACAAUCCCACCCGCUGUUUCAUCUCGGGAGAUUCCGAGGUUUCCCCUCGUCUCGAAAUCCUCACCCUCGGCGUCCUUCCUGCUUUCCAACACCGUGGUCUUGCCCGUCGGCUCAUCAUGUCUCUCGUCAAUGCCUUCAAGCAGGACCCCGCCACCCCCAUUCUCAUCUAUGCCAACGUUUCAACCACCAAUACCCGCGCUCUCCAAUUUUACGAACGUAUGGGCAUUUUGGUUUCUUCCGACAUUAUUACCAAUCUAUAUCGGACUUUGUCCUACGGAUCUAGAGAUGCCUAUUUAGUAGUAGGCGCCUUGUAA